ACUGUACUACUGUAGCGUACUGUACGAAUUAUACAUAAUUGCAAUUAUAUAUAAUUCACGUGUUGACGAAACGUUAGCAAAUGUGAUUAUAAACUUUAUAUGUUGUAAUACAUAUACAUUUAUAAAAUAAUAAUUUUAAAUUGAAAUUUGGGUACUAGUUAAAAAUUGUUUAGAAUAGUUAAAAAUGGCAGUUAGAAAAGCACGUUGUAUACGUGAACCGAUGCAAAAGUCUAUACAACAUGUAAAACAUAUAUCUUCAAAGCAAGUGAAUGAAAAAGCUAAAAAAGCAAUUGUUAUCGCACAAGAAAUUAAAUUUGCUCGAUUACUUUCAUGUAACGAUAAAGUAACUCGAGAUAGAGUACUAAAAAAUUUAAAAAGAUGGUUGAUAGUUCGUUCACAAAGUACUCUUUCACUUACAAAGGCGGAUUUUAUGCGAUUAUGGAAAGGUUUAUUUUAUUAUAUGUGGAUGUCAGACAAACCUUUGAUUCAAGAAGAACUAGCAGAAUCUCUUAGUAAAAUUGUACAUUGUUUAAAAACUAAAGAGGUAGUAUUACUCUAUACAGAAUGUGUUUUAAGAACUUUAGGUAUUGAAUGGUUUGGUAUAGAUCAAUAUAGAUUAGAUAAAUUUUGCAUGCUAGUUCGAAGAAUAAUUCGACAGACUUUCCAGAAAUGUAAAGAGAAUUUAUGGGAUAUUGAAUGGGUAAAAGAUAUUUCUGAAAUACUUGAAAAAUUAUUAGUUGAUCCAAAAAUAUGUAUUGGUUUUACUAUGCAUAUAACAGAAAUAUAUCUAGAAGAACUUGCAAAAAUUAGUGAUGGAAAUAUACCAGAAAAUGCUGUUACAGAAUUUAUUAAACCAUUUAUUUCAUAUCUUAUACCUAUGGAUGAUGAAAGACAAAUUAAACAUGUAAUGAGACAUAUUUUUAGAUAUCUGAUUUUUCAAUCAGAUAUUGGUGUGGAUUAUAUGGAAAAAUUUAAAGCUUGGAGAAGUGCUGGUUUUCCUGCUGGUUCUAUUGAUGCUAUGGAAAAAAUAGAAGUGUCAGAUGAAGAAGAUAAUAAUAUUACCAGAGACGUAGACAUUUAUCUUGAAAAACAAAUGAAAUAUAAUACAGAGAAACCACUAGAUCCUAGAGCUGGUAGAAUAGAUGUUGAAUUGCCACAAAUACCUUUUAAUCCAAGACAGAUAGCUGAUUUGUUAAAUAAGUAUAAAUUUCAUUCCUUAUCAACAACAAAAUCACGUAGACAAUUACGUCGUCUUAUUAAAGAGUUUAUAGAAUUAUCAGAUGGUAAAAUGCCAUUAGGCAUUAAGGAAAUAAGAAUUCCAAAAAUGCAAAAAAAAAAUACAGAUAUAAAGUCAGCUGCAGUACGUCUUUUAAAAUUUGAGCAGGAAUUAUAUUCGGAUACGCUACAAGAAGGGCGCAAAAGGAAAAAGAAUAAGCAGUUAAUACAAGAUGAAAGUGAUAAAUUUAGUGAAGAAGAAUCAGAAAAUAUUAACGACGAAACUAAUCAUGAAAAUAAUACUGUAGAAAUGAAUAAUGACGAAACUAUUAAAAAAAAAAGAGAAAUGAAGCAUAAAUUAGAUUUUACUGAUAAUUUAAUAAAUACAAAUUCUCAAAUAUUAGAUGAAAAUAAUCCGAGUUUGAAGAAAAGGAAAUCUAAGACAAAUGAUGAAAAUAAAAAAAUAAAAUUGAAAAAGAACAAGAAUAUAGCUGCCAAAACACUAAACAUUGUCAAACAAGUAAAGAGAAAAAAGUCAACAAAAUCAAAAGUUACUGGUAAAUGGAAUGUUUCUGAUAAUAUAGAACCAUCCACUCUUUUGAUGGAUAAUAACAGCACAAAGUCAUGUAUGGAAAUUGAUGAAAAUUCAGUUACAAGUAACCACGAGCAAAGAAAUAAUGUACAUAAUAAACAACCAACUUGGUUGGUACCUAUAUUAACAAAAUUAGAGAAUAAAAAAAAUGAAACACCAAUAAGCUUAAAAAGAAAACAUGAAAUAAGUACUACUACAAGUUCUAAAAAACGAGUGAAAAUUGCUCUUCACUGUAAUACAGCUCAACAUACAUCUGAAUAUAUUUCACAAAUUCGGAAAAGUCCAGCUAUACCUUUUGAUGCAAACAAGAAACCAUUAGCAGGUGUACUAAAAGCAAGUCCUAUACCAAGUCCAAUUAAUCCAUUUUAUAGAAAAAAUAUGUAAAAUGUUUGUUAAAUUAAUAAAUAAAGUAAUAAUCAUUUGUUAAUAAAACAAAUAAAACUACGAUUUUUUCAAAUAAA